AUGUCUAAAGCAGCCCACAUGGUUCUCCUCGAUGUACUUCAGAUUUUGCACACAUCUGUGCGCUUCAUUCGACACAAACCAUGGAUUCCGAAAUUUCGCCUUAUCCGUCAGAUGCAACCAUGGGUCCAACCCUUCGACCCCGAUCUCAUUUCAAUUGGUGGGAAGAGUGGGACUGAACGUGCUACUUCGUCAGAAAUCCGUGAACACUUACGCCGAAACGGUCUAAUGCCUCCUAUCCUGUUUCAAGAACAUCCCAUUAAUCUGACUCAUUCUGGUCGUAUUUUUGAUGAAUAUAUCCCGCCAGAAGGUGAUGGAAAAUCUUCUCCUCUUUCUACUGGAGUGAUAGCAGAUGCGAAGGAUUCAGUGUUGAAGAAAGUCAAAACUACACGAGCAGCUCUCCGUAUAAGGAAACACAAACCAAUGUUCAGCACAUCCAGCUUCGCGCUAGAAGCAGAUGCAAUAUAUAAAGAGGUGCACACUCUUCUCCCCAGAUUUUAUGACAAUCAAGAGCGGAUUCUCGAGCUUACAACGGAAAGGGCAUUUGUGGAGAUGACAGAAGGUCUGAAACUCCGGACUCUGCAUUGGGAAUUUGCUGGUAGUCUGGAGCCCCCGCGGGUGGUCAGUUGUCGAACUGAGGAGGCUAUGGGCAAGGGUAACAUGUUUGGUCAAGUCACCGUCCGGUUUCACACCCAACAGGUAGGUCACGCCCGCCCAUUUUCCAGAGUCGUUCCGUGUCUCAGUUUUGAAACCGAAAUUUCAUCGAUUGGUUCUCCCAUCCCCGCUCUCCCUUGCAGUUCAGGUGUUUCGUCUCCUCCGAUGAAACCGUUUAUAAGGAACCUUGGGGCUUGUAAUCUUUCGACAAAUCUCGCUGGUGUUAAUAAUCAGACUGAUCCGAAAAUGACGCCCCUAGCGAAAGUCGACGAUGCCGUUCUCGGUCCUUCCAAUCUAAACCUGAUAGACCGAUCAAUCUCGCAGCUUCCUAUUACUAAAAGAGGACUCAUGGAAAUGAUAGGUUUGUCACAAGCGAAGCAGGAGUACAUGGAAAAUGCCAAAGCUCCUCACAGCAAUGGUGUGUUGUGUGUAUCAACGUCACAGAUUCUUCCCACCGAUAGCAGACCCUUAGAUCCAACAACGUCGUCGAUACCUCAAAAUGGGAAGGUCGAUGACCCGCUAUGUAGUCUUUUUGAAAGUCUAUCGGAGCCUUUCACAUUUCAACUGUCAAAUUUAGCAAGUAAGCCAGUGUUAUCGAAUGCGACCUGUUACAAUAUCGGAAGUGAUAAAGUCAUCCCAGGUAUUUCCGAAUUGGAUCAGAUAGAAAAGUCGACUUCACAAGAUCCUAAUGUCUGUCCUAGGCCAACCGCAUGUCAAGUUUGGAGAAAUAGUGCAGAUUGUGAUGCAAUUUCCGAUUUACGUCUAACCGAUCUCUCCACUUCUCAGACUUUGUUGUUUCCUCAAAAUACGUACGGUGACAUAAUCGUUGGAACGAGUGCUGCAAAUGCAAUUGAAGAUUGUAUCCCCUCCUUUCUUGAUGAUGAGCCAGACGUUUGCAGGGCCAAAAAAGCUCAGAGUGAUGACGUACCUGUCCCAUCAGGCCGAAAGCACCAGUGGUACACGUGUGGUAGGAACCUUAUCUGCUGUCACUUGCGGAACGAGCGUCCGGGCUCAGCCCCUUGUGACAGCGCACCGGAAGGACGCGAACCUACCGCCAUGGCAGGCAGUCACAGAGGCCGCUACGAGGAUGGCUACAUUCCCGCCUACCCAAUUCAUCCAAUGGAGGCUGAUCCUGCUGUGGGAGUGUUUCCACGUCACAUAGCUCGUCCAUAUAACAUUUGGGCUAGCUGUUCAAGUGCGCCCAUCAACUACAGAUGGCCCCUAGCCGUCCCCUAUUCCUCGCCUGCCUUCCUCUAUGAUUACAACUCUGAGUGUGAGCGGGCUAAACAUAUGCCGAUCGACAUUCCCCGUCCUAUGCCACCCGACCAUUGUCGGAUCCAUCGGGCCUUUGGUCGACCCGACGUCGAACCCCCCAUGUGGCGAAAAUCACCAUCUUCUCCUGAAUCGUGUGACACUUUACAGAUACUUGCAAUAUACGACCGGUUUGGUCGCCUUCUCUAUGGUCACCCGUUGAGUCCGGUGGACGUGCUGGAGUACGUGGUGUUCGAAAACUACAUCACCGAUGAAUAUGGUCGGUGGAGAAUUCACGGAAAAGUGGCACCCGCAUGGGCACGUGGCUUCGCCGUCGUGGCUGCUCCCCAGAAGACCCACCGCUUCCUUUCUUCAGAUCCGGUGAUACGGUAA